CAAUAUGGCCCCGGCGAACUCGGUCCUAUCGACUGAGGACGGUGGUGGACGAUGGUGACGGGGCUUCGCCCUAGUGCUGGUGCGGGAGUGAGCGGGUAGUGGACAUGGGAUACUCGUCGAGGGGCCCGGGGCCCCCGUGGCUUCUGCAGACGUUACUGGUGAUCAGUGUCCUAGGAGGAGCAGUCAGCGAGAAUAAACAAUAUCACAUGCAGUCGCUCUGCAAGAACCACUUUCUGCAGCAGCUGUACAGGAAGAUUGACGGCGCUGUGCUGCGCUCACAGAACGAGAAGUCGCUGGACUGCGUCAUCACCUUCCAGACUCACUCGAUACUGCAGCGGUUCAUGCUGAGGUUUGACAUGCUUCAUCUGGACUGCAACGACCAUCUGUUCAUCUACGACGGUGCUCAUGCCGUAGGAGCGUUCAAGGCCGACCUGAACUGCCGUAACACUAAGCAGGCGGUUGGAGCGAUCUUCACAAGAACCAACUUCGUCACUCUCAAGUACGUUACUGAUGGCUGGGGAACGGAGAGUAACGGAUUUACUUUAGUCAUCACUGCCGUCAAGGAUCCAAAACACUCUUGUCAAGAGUUCAAAUGCACGCAGCGUGAGUUUUGCAUCGCCACUGACCUGAUCUGCGAUGGUAUCAACCACUGUGCAGACGGUUCAGAUGAAGCUAUUAGUAAUACUUGCUCUAAAGCCACUGGCACUACUGUGCUGGGCAUGAGCAUGACGGUGUUUGUGGUGACAGCGACGAGUUGUCUGCUGGUGCUGUGCGCCUGCGUGGUUGCUCUGUCAGUCUGCAUCUGCCGCCGUCAAAACGCUCACCCCCACCCCCACAACGCCAACACACAAAACUACAACGCCAGUUUACCUUUACAACAAACGCAAGGGUCAAAUGGGACCGGCGCGACGACGAUAGUAAGUAAGAUACCGGGAAACUGGCGACACCCUGCGGGCCACAAGCUCGGGUACAGCGUGGUACGGGCCCGCCUCUACUGCCAGGCAAAGUGAGGAGUUCCGGCUCCGACAGUGAUAUCUCCUCCAGCCAAAAAGACGAAUGGUUCGUGUAGAGGCUGACCCGGUACCGUGCCUGCAGGGUGACAACAGCGUGGAUGUACCCCGCCUCGCCCACGCCACGCCACUACUCCAGUGAUAGUGACAGACUGUU